AUGUCUCUCGUACAGAAGCUGCAGAACAAACUCUCGAAUGGAACGCAAGACGCCACCCAUGCGCAGCCACAGCAAAAAUUGAAAGACUUCAUCGCCGAGGACCCAAAUUCCACAUACACAUUUGACGGCGAGCGCGACGCGCCGCGCUCGGAGAUUUGUAGGGAAGGGAAGGAGAAGGGGCGGAAAUGUAUCGAGAUGGAGAUGUACUCGACGAAGCUCUUCCAGGCGAUGCAGGAACAAGGCUUCUUCUGCGCCCUCCCCAUGGACCCCACGCGGACGCACAUGGAAUGCAAACGGAUACCCAAGAACUAG